AUCAAUAAUAGCAUUAAUAUUCAUUUCAGAAUAAAAAGCAAUUAUUGCUCUCCAAUUCUCAGCAAUUAAUUUUUUCUUUCUUUCUUUCAUUAAUUUUAGAAUUUUGAUUUGCGCUCAUGGCAAGGCCAGGAAACAAGAUCAUACAAGCCAAACUGGUGCUUCUUGGAGACAUGGGAACUGGAAAAACCAGUUUGGUGUUAAGAUUUGUGAAGGGCCAGUUCUUUGAUCAUCAAGAACCAACCAUAGGAGCAGCUUUUUUCACCCAAAUAUUGUCGUUGACCGAAGCCACUGUGAAGUUUGAUAUAUGGGACACAGCAGGACAAGAACGUUAUCAUAGCUUAGCUCCAAUGUACUAUCGUGGGGCAGCUGCAGCAGUAGUUGUUUAUGACAUUUCAAGCCAGGAUACGUUUGUUCGAGCCAAGAAAUGGGUUGAAGAAUUGCAAAGACAAGGAAACAUAAAUAUGGUGAUGGCAUUGGUGGCAAACAAGUUUGACUUGGAGUCCAGUAGAGAGGUUGAUAAAGAGGAGGGUGAAGAAUUUGCUCAAGAAAAUGGGAUGUUUUAUAUGGAAACAUCAGCAAAAACUGCUGAAAACAUAAACGAACUCUUCUUUGAAAUAGCAAAGAGACUUGCGAAAGCUUGCCCCUCAAAACCUACUCCGAUGAGUCUAAACAAUGAAGACCAAGGCAGAAGAAGAUCAUUUUGCUGCUUAGGAUGAUCCGAAUCACUAUUAAGUUUCUCUCUGGCUUUUUUUUUAACAUGUAAUUAAAAUGCUUAUUUUUUUUCCAAAAUAAUAAUGGCACGUUUAUUAGAUCACAA